AUGGACAAAGAGUGGACUAAAUUGCCGUGGUUUAGUCAAGAGUACAUCAACGGUGUUACUCGAUUUUUAGACUUUGCCUUCGCUAAUGGAAGACCUCAAGGAGGUGAACUUCUAUGCCCUUGUGCUAAGUGUAAAAAUAUAUAUUGGAAAACAAGGGAUAUUAUUAAGGAUCACCUAAUAGCCAAAGGUUUUCUAGACGGUUAUGACGUUUGGUUGCACCAUGGGGAGAAACUACAAAGGUCUAUGGAAAUUGGUGAUGGGAUGGAAGAUCAAGAGGGAUCACAUGAUGACAUUCCUGGCUUAUUGCAUGAUAUAUAUGGAGAUAGGGCAGAAGCACACGGAGUUCAUGAAGGUCCCAAUGACGAGGCUAGAACGUUUUACAAUUUGAUUAAAGAGGCGGAACAAGAACUGUACCCUGGAUGGAAAGACUUCUCUUCGUUAUCAUUAACGAUUCGACUCUACUUGUUGAAAUGUCUCCACGGCUGGAGCAAUACGUCAUUCACUGCCAUAUUAGAAUUAUUGAAAGAAGCAAUGCCUGAUUUGAACAUUCCGGAAUCAUUUUACAAGACAAAAGCCAUGAUAAGUGGUUUAGGCCUUGAUUAUAAGAAGAUAGAUGCAUGCCCAAACGAUUGCAUGCUAUUUUGGAAGGAGCAUGAAAAGGACAAUUCUUGCACUAUUUGUAAAGCUUCACGGUGGAAACAAAAUUUUGCAACUGAAGGAUGCGAGUCUGAGCAACCAAAAAAUGACUGUAGAGUUCCUGCAAAAGUUUUGAGGCACUUUCCGUUGAUUCCUAGACUACAAAGGUUGUUCAUGUGUUCAAAGACAACUGAGUCAAUGAGAUGGCAUGAAGAAGAGCGCUCAAAGGAUGGAAAAUUGAGGCAUCCUACUGAUGGUAAAGCGUGGAAGGACUUUGAUGAGCUCCAUCCAGAUUUUUCUAGUGAGUCCCGCAAUGUAAGACUUGGCUUAACGAGUGAUGGGUUUAAUCCAUUUAGGACCAUGAGCUUAUCUCAUAGUACAUGGCCUGUCUUGAUGAUGGUAUACAACAUACCACCUUGGCUGCCCAUGAAACUUGAAUAUACAAUGUUGUCAUUGUUGAUUCCUGGACCAAAAUCUCCAGGCAACGAUAUCGAUGUUUACCUCCAACCACUGAUAGAGGAGCUAAAGGAGUUAUGGGAAUCCGGCAUAGAGACAUAUGAUUCUUCAAUGAAUCAAACUUUUCAAAUGCGUGCAGCUCUUUUGUGGAUAAUUAGUGACUACCCUGCUUAUGCUAUGUUGUCGGGAUGGAGCACCAAAGGAAAAUUGGCGUGUGCCUGUUGUAAAUCUAACACCAAUUCGUUAUACCUCAAACACAGUCAUAAGAUGUGUUAUAUGGACCACCGUACCUUUUUACCAAGAACUCAUUCUUGGAGAGACGAUGUCAAAUCAUUUAACGGAGAAGAAGAACAUAGGACUGCACCAUCCAUGUUAAACGGGGCAGAAAUUCUUGAACUCUUAAAAGAUUUCAAUAAUGAAUUCGGGAAGAAGAAAAAGAAGAAAGUUGAUGGCCCGUGGAAGAAGUGGUCAAUUUUUUUUGAGUUGCCUUACUGGGCUCAAAAUACAUUGCGCCAUAAUUUAGAUGUAAUGCACAUUGAAAAAAACAUAUUUGAUAGUAUUGUUGGAACUCUUUUGGACAUCCUGGGGAAGACCAAAGAUCAUAUUAAAGUCCGUUAUGAUUUUCAAGAAAUGGGAAUUAGAGAAAGACUUCAUCCAAGGGAGAUUGGUGGAGGACGUUCAGAGUUUGCAAAAGCAUGUUUCUCAAUGACUUCGCACGAGAAGUCAAUUUUUUGUGGAGUUAUAAAGGCUGCCAAGUUACCAGAUGGGACUGCAUCAAAUAUUUCAAAAUGUGUACAAGUUGGUGGCAAAAAAAUAUCCGGUUACAAGAGCCAUGAUGCGCAUUUCAUGUUACACUAUUUGUUGCAAAUUGCAGUAAGAAACACAAUGCCCAAGGAGGUGGCAACCCCACUAAUUCGUCUUGGUUCCUUUUUCCGCUCUCUAUGUCAGAAAGUUAUACAAGUGGAAGAUUUAGAUUACCUAGAAGAUGAGAUUGCAGAGAUACUUUGUCAGUUGGAGAUGAUAUUUCCUCCAAGUUUCUUUGACAUAAUGGUUCACUUGCCUAUUCACCUGGUAAAUGAAGUUAGAUUGGGUGGUCCUGUUCAAUUUCGAUGGAUGUAUCCCACCGAAAGAUACUUCUGUAAACUUAAGAAUUAUGUUCGCAAUAGAGCUUAUCUUGAAGGUUCUAUUGCCGAGGGGCAUCUGGCUGAAGAAGCUAUAACAUUUUGCUCAAGGUAUUUGCAUAGCAAUGUAGAUACAAGGUUGAAUAGGAAGAGUCGGAAUUAUGAUGUUACUGAUUCACUUGAAACAGAUCAAAAUGAUUACUUUACAACUGUCGGUCGUCCUUUAGGGGGGGGCAGUGAGCAUGAUCAAAGUGUUAAUUCAAACACUAGCAAAAGGAAGUGGACCAAGGCCAAAAGUCAAAGUAAAGAAUUUAGUGAAUGGUUUAAAACUCGUGCCCAGAAUGAUGAUGUGCUAUUACAACUUGAAAAACUUUCUAGAGGUCCUAAUUUUGUUGCAAAGAGGUAUCCAGGUUACGUCAUUAAUGGAUAUAGGUUCCAUACUAGGAAACGAGAUACAAAUCGCAAAACUCAAAAUUCUGGCAAUGAUCCGUUUGUGCUACCUUCUCAAGUUCAUCAAUGUUACUAUGUCCAAGACCCUUUUGAUCCAAACCGGCAUUAUGCUCUGCAAACAGUUCCACGAGAUUUCUUUAACAUUGCUGACCCGUACUUACAAGCUGAAACACCUUCUAGUGGAGAAAAUAGUGAUGGUGAUGGUGAAUUAAAUUGGGUUAGGAAAGACAUACCUGCAACAAUAGCUGAAACACCUCAUGAAACGAAUGAAGCUAAAAGUGAUGGAGAGGAUUUUGAUUAUGAUGAUACCCUAUUUGAUUUCAUGGACUAA